CGCCAUAUGCGUGCUCCUCCAGCGCGCAAGCCGUGAAUGGUUUGUAGCCACGACACCACCCGCCGAAUCACAGACUCAGGAUCAGCUCGCCUCUCUUAACUAUGGCCGAGACUAAUGGGAAAUUCGACUUUGCCAUCGACCGGGGUGGCACCUUCACCGAUGUGUUUGCCCGGCUGCCUGAUGGUCGAGAGAGAGUCCUGAAGCUGCUGUCCCGGGACCCUCAGAACUACAAAGAUGCUCCCACUGAGGGGAUCCGCAGAGUCCUGGAAGAGGAAACAGGGCGGGCUUUCCCUCGUGACCAGCCUGUCGACACCACUCUGAUUGGCUGGAUCAGGAUGGGCACAACAGUGGCAACCAACGCACUGCUGGAGAGAGAGGGAGAAAGGACUGCGCUCCUGGUCACACUGGGCUUCAAGGACUUGUUGCACAUUGGCACACAGGCCAGGCCAAAGCUGUUUGAUUUGGAGGUGGCGGUUCCUGAAGUGCUGUAUGAAGAGGUGAUAGAGGUGGAUGAGCGAGUCGUCCUCAGGCAAGAUGGCUGCCAGCUGCCCAGAAAAGAUCCCAAACGUGUCGUCACAGGCAGCACAGGGGACAGUCUGGAGGUGUGGAGGGAGCUGGAUCUGGAGCAAGUGGAAAAGGAUCUCAGAGGGGUUCUGUCUCGCGGGAUCACCAGUCUGGCUGUCCUCCUGCUGCACUCAUACACGUGGUCAGAUCAUGAGAAAGCAGUGGGUGCCCUGGCGCGUCGUCUGGGCUUCACCCAGGUGUCUUUGUCCAGCGAGGUCAUGCCCAUGGUGCGGGCGGUGCCUCGGGGCUACACUGUCUGCGCCGACGCCUACCUCACUCCCAAAAUUCAUCAGUAUUUAAAAGGCUUUACCUCUGGGUUCAAGGGUGGCCUGAAGGAUGUGGACGUUCUGUUCAUGCAGUCAGAUGGUGGUCUGACUCCCAUGGAGCAGUUCUGUGGUUCACGGGCCAUUCUAUCUGGUCCAGCAGGGGGUGUGGUGGGAUACGCCAUCACCUCUUACAGCCAGAUGGAGAAAAAACCUGUGAUUGGCUUUGACAUGGGCGGAACAUCCACUGACGUAAGUCGGUACGCCGGCCAGUAUGAACACGUGUUUGAGGCUACCACAGCCGGCGUCACCCUGCAGGCACCUCAGCUGGACAUCAACACUGUGGCUGCAGGUGGAGGAUCACGACUCUUCUUCAGAUCAGGGAUGUUUGUGGUUGGACCAGAGUCUGCAGGUGCACAUCCAGGACCAGCCUGUUACAGAAAAGGUGGGCCCCUGACUGUCACCGAUGCUAACUUAGCGCUGGGGCGCCUCCUCCCCUCCUUCUUCCCCAAGAUCUUUGGGCCCGGGGAGAACGAACCACUGUCACUGGAAGACACCAUGAAGCAUUUCCAUCAUCUGACUGAAGAGAUCAACCUCUUCUUGUCUUCUAACCAAUCACAGGUUAGCGCAAAUGGGGCCAACCACUCUCACAACACGUCAGAGAUGAGUGUGGAGGAGGUUGCUAUAGGAUUCAUUCGCGUUGCCAACGAGGCCAUGUGCCGGCCAAUCAGAGCUCUGACACAGGCUAAGGGCCAUGAUACAUCUCAGCAUGUGUUGGCAUGUUUCGGGGGUGCAGGUGGCCAACAUGCCUGCGCUAUUGCCCGAGCCCUGGGGAUGAAAACUGUCUUCAUACACAAAUACAGUGGCGUGCUCUCAGCCUAUGGCCUGGCUCUAGCUGACGUGGUGGAGGAGGUGCAGGAGCCAUGCUCGCUGCAGUACGACCAGCAGUCUUUCAGCAAGCUCGAUCAAAGGGUGGAGCAGCUCUCGAAGCGCUGCCACGAUACACUCUGCGCACGCGGAUUUAGCGGCGGUCAGAUAACCACCGAGGUUUUCCUACACAUGCGUUACAAGGGCACCGACUGUGCUCUCAUGGUUACCGCCACCGGUCACCCCCGCAGUGCCCACUCCUGUCUAGCUGGAGACUUCCACAGUGCCUUCACCAAGCGUUACCUGAAGGAGUUUGGAUUCACAAUCCCAGACAGACCCAUCAUGGUUGAUGAUAUUCGAGUGAGGGGUUGUGGGAAAUCUGGUAUCAAAUCGGUGUAUAAAACGAAGAAGGGACAGGGACAGGCUAAACCAGUCACGACGACCAAGUGUUACUUUGAGGAAGGUUACCUGGACACCAGUGUGUAUCUAUGGGAGGAGCUGCCGUGUGGUCACAGCAUCCAGGGACCAGCCAUCAUCAUUGAUAAAAACAGUACCAUCCUGGUGGAGCCAUGCUGUGAGGCCCGUCUGACAGAAGGGGGCGAUGUUUGCAUGACUGUAGGCUCUGACCCUCACUGCGCCCUGGGCACUGAGCUCAACACUGUGCAGCUCUCCAUCUUCUCCCACCGCUUCAUGAGCAUAGCAGAACAGAUGGGUAGAGUUCUCCAAAGAACCUCCAUCUCCACCAACAUCAAGGAACGUCUCGACUUCUCCUGUGCUGUGUUCGGACCAGACGGGGGUUUAGUGUCCAAUGCACCCCACAUCCCUGUCCACCUGGGGGCCAUGCAAGAGACCGUCCAGUUCCAGAUCAAAUCAUUGGGGAACAAGCUGAAUGAAGGCGAUGUGAUUCUGAGUAACCACCCAUGUGCGGGGGGUAGCCACCUUCCAGACCUCACAGUCAUCACACCGGUGUAUAUGAAGGGGGUGAGCAAGCCAGUGUUCUUUGUAGCCAGCAGGGGGCACCAUGCUGACAUUGGAGGCAUCACUCCAGGCUCUAUGCCCCCCCACUCCAAGUCCCUUCAGCAGGAGGGGGCCGUCUUCACUUCCUUUAAACUCGUCACUGGUGGCGUCUUCCAGGAAGAGGCUGUAACUGAAGCUCUGAUGGCUCCGGCCCAGUACCCAGACUGCUCUGGGACUCGUAAUCUCCAUGACAACCUGUCAGACCUGCGAGCUCAGGUGGCAGCCAAUCAGAGAGGCAGCCAGCUGGUGGGGGAGUUGAUUGACAGUUACGGGUUAGCUGUGGUCCAGGCCUACAUGGGAUACAUUCAGAGUAAUGCAGAGCUGGCGGUGAGGGACAUGCUGAGAGACUUUGCGCGUCGCCGACGGCAACAGACCGGCUCCUUGGAGGUGGAGGCGGAGGAUUUCAUGGAUGAUGGGACGCCUAUCAGUCUGCGGGUUCAGAUUAAUGAAGAGGAGGGCAGUGCGGUGUUUGACUUCACAGGGACAGGAACAGAGGUUUGGGGAAACUGCAACGCUCCACGCGCCAUCACCCUCUCUGCCCUCAUCUACUGCCUGCGCUGCAUGGUCGGACAGGACAUUCCUCUUAAUCAGGGCUGUCUUGCACCAAUCAAAGUCAUCAUCCCCCCUGGCUCAAUCCUUCAGCCUUCCCAGAAUGCCGCUGUGGUUGGAGGAAAUGUCCUCACAUCCCAGAGGGUGGUUGAUGUCAUCUUUAGGGCGUUUGAGGUGUGCGCCGCUUCACAGGGCUGCAUGAACAACAUUUCAUUUGGCAGUGAGAAGAUCGGUUACUAUGAGACAGUUGCUGGGGGAGCAGGGGCGGGGCCAGGCUGGAAUGGGCGGAGUGGAGUUCACAGUCACAUGACCAACACUCGCAUCACUGACCCCGAGAUUCUGGAGAAGAGAUAUCCAGUCGUUUUAGAGCAGUUCACUCUGCGGCCCGACUCUGGAGGUGCAGGGAAAUACUGCGGUGGAGACGGCGUGACACGGAAGCUCCUCUUCAGGAGCGAGGUGGUGCUGUCUGUACUGACCGAGAGGCGAACCACCCGCCCCUAUGGCAUCCAGGGAGGUGAGGACGGUGCAGCAGGGCUGAAUCUGCUUCGCAGAGCAGACGGCCGAGUCCUCAACCUGGGAGCCAAAACCAGCGUCAACAUUCAGCCUGGGGACAUGUUUUGCCUCUCCACCCCUGGAGGAGGGGGAUACGGGCGACAGGAGGAUGCAAACAGGAGGCCCCAGAGCAAGCGCAGGCGCUUGAAUGAGACUUUCCCUGAGAGAGGCAGCGUCUUUGAGUACCGAAUGGCACAGGAGGGAGUGUGAGAAGAAUUAAGAAAGAGAGGGAGAGUUAACAGAGAAGUCAGAAGAGGAGACGAAGAAGGAAAGAGGUGGGGAAAUUACAGGAAGUCAAACAGAGAGCAAUGGAAAGGACAGAGUUUCAAUAUUAUACUGUGAGAAAUAAAGAAGCCAUGUUUAAAGGUAGAAGGGAAAACAUGAAGCCUAGAUGUGGGCUAGCAACAGAAAUGACACAUAAUAUCAUGGUUUAUGAAACACAUUGUAACAGUAAGGCUGUGCUUACAAUAGCAGGCCAAGUGACUGAGUACUAAUAGAUAGAGAACUUCACAUUUCACAUGUCAGUUGGAAUAUUUUUCUGAUUACAAGCCAAGGAAAAUCUUAUGCAACCUGUACAUCCUCAUUUUGAUGGUACCACUUUGGCCUGCUGAAAUGUUUGUCAGUUUUUAAAUGAAUUCCAGUCUCGUUAUGCAAGAAAAAGCCAACCAUGUGAAGCAGCUGCUAAUCUGUUUUUUAACCGGAUCAACCACUUAUCUAACACCAUAGUCAUGACGUGAUUACUGUUCUGUUAUUCUAACAAGACAGACAAAUAAACCCCAUCUCUACUAAUGA